CGACGGCGCAGGUCGCGGCACGCAGAGAGGAGAGGAGAGAGGAGAUGUACCAGGCGAUCCCGUACAGCGCGAGCCGGGCGUGGCCGGCGGCAAUGGCCACGGCGGCGGAGGCGGCGGCGGCGGCCGGCGGGAGGGGAGGAACAGGGGAGGAGGAGGUGAGGAGGGCGGUGGCGGAGUGCCCGGUGGUGGUGGUGGGGAGGGGCGGGUGCUGCCUCAGCCACGUGGUGAAGCGCCUCCUGCAGGGGCUCGGGGUCAACCCGGCCGUGCACGAGGUCGCCGGCGAGGCGGAGCUCGCCGGGGUCGUGGCCGACGGCGAGGUGUCGCUGCCGGCGGUGUUCGUCGGCGGGAGGUUCCUCGGCGGGCUCGACCGGCUCAUGGCCGUGCACAUCUCCGGCGAGCUCGUGCCCAUACUGAAAGACGCCGGUGCACUCUGGCUCUGAGCCAACCGACUAGGAUCAAUCAUUUUCUUGUUUUUUUUGGGUGUUAAGUUCAAAUCACCUGAUCGCUUUUAGCUUCUUUUUUUCAUGGAAUUAAUAAUGGUGUUGUAAUUAGAUAGGAGGAAACUUGAAUUCUUUUAGGCUCACUUAUUAAUAAGGAAAUUAGGAGAUGUGUCUACUUAACGCUACUGUACUUAAAUCAUCUUGUAACCAAGUAUAUCUAUUUUCGACCAUGUAAAUAGAUGAAUGGGAGAAAUGAAAGAGAGAUUUGCGGUGAUUUGCCAGUUGAGCA